AUUAAAAAGUGUUGUUUAUAUCUUGAAUAUACGCUGAAUGCGUACAUAGAUCCAUAUGUGUGUAUUACUCUAUUUCGUGUAACGGCCUGCAGUAAUGUCUUCAAGCUUUAGUUCCGUGAUAGUUGGCGACGGAAGGGUUUAUUAUAAGUUACGAGACUGCAAGGCAUGAAAUUGUUUGCUUAAAACCCGUAUUAGUAUCCUCAUAGCAAUGUAUCAUUUUCUUUGAAAUUCUGACAGCCAUCUGGGCGUUGCCUGCUUCUGUCACUGCUACAUUUUAUUACAUCUAGAUUCGCAUCCUUUUCAUUCCCGAGACUAGACACGUAUCACUCAUAAAGUUUAGCAUUGUUUACAAGUUCAUUGUAAAACGAAACAGUUAAAUCGUUUGAUAUACACCUGGCAUGAUUUAAAGUGUGAUUUUUUUUGUUUUUGUUUUUACAAGACAUACGUGCAUAGAUUUGAGAUAAUAGUGAAGGAGGCGGUUAGGUUCACAUUAUCUAUGGCUUGAACUAAGGGAAACAACUACUGAGCAAGGCAUGAAAGUUGAUGCAGGUAAAGAGGAUACAUUUUUGGAUGCAGGUGCUUCUCCUGAAUAAUAAUGGGAUCCUUGCUGUAUAUGCUGCCCCUUGGGUCACCAUGGUUCCAGUGGGAUGAAAACCAUAAUGCACAGCGGACUCUUGGGAUCUUGGCACAGGAUUCUUCUAAUAUUGUAAUUGUUGGAGACAAAGGAUGUGGUAAAACUGCACUUUCAUUCCAAGCAGCAGUAUCUAUGGCAACUGACAAUCGAAGAGUUAUGUUUAUUCGACCUCAGGUGUUGUCUCGGUUACCCCUGCCUGUGCAUGGCAUGCCCACACCUGAAGCAAGAGCACUCCAGCUUAUGAAACUGUGGUAUCCAGACCAUGCAGAUGAGUUGGUAAUUUGGUGUGCCAAUGUGCAUCUUCAUCCAGUCCUUCCUGAAGCCAUCAUUGUUGAUGAUUUUGAUUUUUACAUUGGGCAUAGUAAGGACCAUGAACAUGAAGCAGCCCGUUUGUGUGCAGUUCUGAUUAGAUGCAGCUGCUUUCAUAGCUUCCAAAAGUGGCAAGUGUCAUGUGAUUCUCACAGCAUCAAACAGACUGUCUUCUCUUCCAUCUGUUCUAAAUCAGUUCAAUUUUUUGUUUGCAAGAGUUCACAACCUCUUUGACGAAGGACCACAGAAGAAGUAUCAGAUGAUAUCGACUGUUCAUGACAAGACCACUGUCACAGUCACCUACAACAUGACUGAGCACAAAAUCCAGCUUGAUACAGCUGAACAUGUACGGCCGAAAUCAUGAAAAUGACAAGUACAUGAAUCACCUGGGUGCAAAGAAUAUAAAAGUGAACAAUUUAAGAUCCAUGCAAGUACCACUUUAAAUCUAAAGUUGGAGAAUAUUAAGCAAAAUGUUUGCAGGAUGUACCAAGCUUAAGUGCAAUGUCAUAUUUUCUGCUAGGGCCUGGAUUUUCUACAAAACAUACCUCAGCACAGGUUUUCACGUUCAGACCUCUUGUUGUUUAGAGAAUUUUGUUGAGUAUCUGUUGAAUAAUAAAUUUAUUCACGGGUGACAUUUUGUGUGGUGAUAAACCAUUUUUGCAGGCAUUCUUUAAAUAAAGUCAACCUCAUCACAAAA